CUCAUCGACGAUUUUGUUCUCCUUAGGCGUGCGCACAUGUCGAGCAACGGCGCGGCUCCUGCAGACGGAGUCACUCCAGCUGCUGCUGCUACCACGGAUGCCGCAGUAGCGUCGAGCUCCAAGUCAGCAGCCAUGGAGAGAGAUAAGAAGCGGUUGGGCAUCAGGCAAGCCAAUGCCCAGGUCUGGCGAGAGGGGCCACAACCGCCAAAAGGCCCGCUGGACAGCAACAUGAAGAAGAACACAGGUUUCAUCAAGCGCGUCAAGCAGACGCUGGGAGUGGAGUCAAGAGAUCACAUCGUCAAGGAGGUGGCGACGCUUAAUCUCGACAAAUACGUCGAAGAAGUCGUUCAGGCCAUCCCUGAGGGUCUGGCCAAAUGUGCAUCGCAGAAGGACUCCUUUGCUGCUGCCGAGAGUAUCUCGGCUCUCCAUCAACGCUUUGGCCCCACAGUCUUCUCGUUGCCUCUCUCCUUGCUCCUGUCUGCUCAGCUCUCCAUGCCUUCUCGGGUGGCGCUUCAGGCUUUGAGCUCCGAUCAGAAGGAAAAGGACGAGGCUGCUCGAGUAGCGCGUCAGAGACCUUUGCUGCGGGCCACUGCUGAGCUGUGUCUCGUCGACCUGAUCAGGGCAAAGACGGCCGAAGCAGGCGACGACCCUCCGAAUCUCUCUUGGCUCUUUUCUGUCACAAAGGACCUGCUCUCCGUCGACCGCGAGCACAGCAACGUGCCCAUCGUCAUCACGCUUCUCAAGGGCUUCGGACCAAACCUCAUUGGUCCUCCCUCAUCAUCAACAACGGCGCCAGUCGAUGAUAAUCUCGACGAAGGAGCCGAUGUCCUGGUGCCUCGAAAGGUGCAGUCUCGAUUUCGGAAGCUGUUCGAGACCUAUUUCUCUACCCUCGAGAAGCGCGUCACCCGCGAGUACGAGAGACUUCAGGAGCAGGACCGGCGAAAUCAUGAGGCGUACAUCAAGUCUGGUGAAAUCUUCGAAGAUCGGCAGCACAACUACGAGCGCAUGACGAAGAAUUUCGAAAAGGUGCACGAAUGGGGAAAGAGCCUCUCGGACCUCCUUGGCGUACCAAUGCCCAAGCUCAAGAGCGAAGCGAAAUCCAGCGGUGUGGGCCUUGCCAUCAAUCUUGACUCGAGGUCAUCCUUGGGUGCCGAUCGGGCGACAGAGGCAGAGUUUGCGACAGGGAAAAGUCCCUGGGAGGACGACGAUACCCGGCGCUUCUAUGAGGACCUGACUGAUCUGCGCGACCUGGUGCCACCCAGUCUCCUUGGGGAGAAAGCCGGUGCAGUGACGGCGGAUCCACUGCAGACAUCAGCGGCAGCCGAUGCAAUCCCCUCGACCGAAGGAAAGCAAGCGAGCGCAGAAGUCAGCCCGUUGAUGAGCGACUCAGCCGAGCUGGGCGAGGCGAUAGUACCAAGCGAGGACGAAGCUCCACCAGGGGCGGCGGCGACGACCAAGGACGAGAUCGACAUGGGAGCGGGCCCAGCUGCGCAGCUCACCACGCUUCUCACCAAGCUGCCCGAGCUCACCAACCGGGCCAUGAUCGACUCGGCCGCAGUCGAUUUCGCCUUUAUGAAUAGUAAAGGUGCGAGGAAGCGCUUGGUCAAGCACCUCGGCGCCAUUCCCCGGAACAGGAGCGACUUGAUCCCCUACUAUGCUCGGCUCGUGGCCACUCUGCAGCCGUAUAUGCCUGAUGUCGGCCAAGGCAUCGUAGCUUUGCUCGAUCAAGAAUUCCGCUAUUUGCAGAAGAAGAAGAAUGUCGACCUCUCCGAGACUCGAGCGAAGAAUGUGCGCUUCUUGGGCGAAUUGACGAAAUUCAAGGUCACGCCUCUCUACACCAUCUUCCACUGCUUCAAGAUGUGUCUCGAUGACUUCGCAGGCCCCAACAUUGAAAAUUUGGCGACGCUUCUCGAGACGUGCGGCCGGUACCUCCUGCGCAACGAGGAGACGGGAGAGAGAACGAGAAACAUCUUGGAGAUGGUGCGACGCAAGCGAGCAGCCCAGAAUCUCGACCAUCGCUACGUCUUGAUGCUCGAUAACGCCUACUACCAGUGUAACCCACCUGACCGGACAGCGGUCCCUCAGAAGGAAAGGUCAUCGAUCGAGCUCUAUAUUCGAUGGCUCAUCUACGAGGUCUUGGCCAAGAAGACGGCUGCAAAGGUCCUGCUACAGCUUCGCAAGCUUCCCUGGGGCGAUGCUUCGGUACGCAAGAUGCUCGAGGAGACGUUUGUGCGCAGCUGGCGUGUCAAAUUCAGCAAUCUCCACCUGCUGGCCGUCUUGGUCGCCGAUUUGCAGGCCUACCACCCUGACUUCGCCAUCCACGUCAUCGACACUGUCUGCGAGCAGAUGCACGUGGGCAUGGAGACCAACAUCUUCAAGCACAAUGUCCGCAGGGUGGCCACCACCAAAUAUUUAGGCGAGCUGUACAACUACCGUUUGGUCGGCAGCAGCCUCAUUCUUGAUCAGCUCUGGGCCUUUGUCACCUUUGGUCACCCUGGCGGACGGCCAUUGCCCGGUCAGAUCUGCCCCACCGAUGCCCCCGACGAUUACUUUAGGAUUCGUCUCGUAUGCACCCUCUUGGAUGCCUGCGGUCACUGCUUUGACCGCGGCCUGCUCCGGAAACGACUGGAUGACUUUCUCAUCUUUCUCAACCUCUACCUUCUCUCCAAGGCACAGCCGGUACCGAUGGACGUCGACUUCAUGCUGGCAGACACUUUGGAGACUCUUCGCCCCAAAUUCGUCAUGUCAAAGUCGUUUGAUCAGGUCAGCGUUCAGGUCGAUGCCAUGCUCGCUGCUGCUGCUACCAGCAAUGAGCAGCAGAAGCAGAAAGAAAGUAUACCUUCUGUGAUGGACCAGGACGAUGGUGAAGAAGACGAAGAGAGCUCUGCCUCGGAAGACGAGCUGGUCGAUGCGCGCUCGAAGCGACGCGAAUCUGCGUCGGAUACCGAAAGUGAGGACGAAGCGGUCGACGACGACGAUGACGACGAGGGCGAUGGUGAGGGAGACGAAGACGAAGACGACGAGGGAGGAGAUGAGUCAGAUUCUUCACCUGGAGAGGUAGCGGGCGAAUUCGAAAGAAACCAAGAUCAAAGCUUCGACCAGGACGCUGAGGACGAAUUCGCGAGGGAGCUUGCCAAGAUGAUGACCGAGAGCAGCUCGAAUGCCUCGGCGCUCAGUGCCAACAGGGGCCACCACCAUCCGAAGGGUAUCUUCGAUGCUGGAAUCCCCUUUAUCAAGAAACAGCAACAAGAGCGGGGAGCGGCAGCGCCAAAGGAGGCGGAAUCGAGCAACGAUCAGCACAUGCGCUUCACGCUCCUGUCCAAGCGCGGCAACAAGCAUCUCGCACAUGACGUGCAAGUGCCCGCCGACUCGGCGAUCGCUGUCAAUUCUAGGGCAAACGAGAGACAACAAAUGGCCGAGAGGCAGCAGCUCAAGAAGCUCGUCUUGGGCUAUGAGGGCAGAGAUGACCAGGAUCGAGCGGCCAUGGAUGCUUCUUUGGCUCGCCGGACGUUCCGCUCCAACAAGUAGUCCAAUCGAAAGCACGCAGCAUUAUGUACAGUAGCAUUAUCUUUUCACCAUCAUCAUCAUCAGGUUCUUCAUCAACCCCAUUCAAUCGCU